AUGGACUCUGCUGUAGGCCUGCGUAUCCCACGGCCCAUUGGGUGGAUUUCCACCAAGAAUAAGAAAGGGCAAUGCAACCUCGCACCGUACUCUCGUUUCAAUAAUCUGACUUUUGACCCACCAUAUGUCAUGUUUUCUUCCAACCAGACCGCUACCGGCGACCGUAAGGAUAUGGUGGUAAACGCCGAAGAAAUUGGAACUUUUGCCUGGAACCUGGCCACCUGGGACGUCCGGGAAGCGGAACGGCCAACUCUCAUCGAAGUCCCGAUGGGGACCGUGGAUAUUGCCAUUGGCAAGGUUAUCGGGGUCCAUAUUGGGAAUGAAGUGCUCACGAACGGCUCGCUCGAUAUUAAGAAGACACAGCCAAUUACUCGCUGCGGCUACUACCAGUACGCUGUGACUCGGGAUACCUUCGAAAUGAUAGUUCCCAACAUGUCGGCGGAUGUUUUAUAUGGUUUGGAGGGCAAUGCGACUCGUAACCACAAGAAGAAUGAGGAAAAUGAGAAAGAAAAAAAUGCCAACAAGUAG